UAGGACUGAGGGAGUGGGAUCAACAAAACUAAAUAUUUACAACACGUACUUCUUCUUUACAACCAAUUCGAACCAAUUGGAACCGAUUUUCUACAACAUCGACAUCAAUCAUGGAUAAGCUUAAGGAAAAAAUUAACAACUUGAAGUUGGAUGCUGAAAAAUGGCAAGAAAAGUCUGAUGAUUUAGCUACUAAGAUUAAAGAAUUAGAACAAGAAAACUUAGAUAAAGAUCAUCAAAUUCAAGCUUUAACUAGAAAGAAUCAAGUUUUAGAAGAACAAGUUGAAAAAUUAGAAACUGAUUUAGGUACUGUAAAGCAAACUGCCGAUGAAUCUCAUUCUUUAAAGACUACCAAUGAAAAUUACUCUAAAAAGAAUCAAGUCUUAGAAGAAGAAUUAGAAGAAGCUGAUAAGAAUUUAAAGGAAACUACUGCUAAAUUAAGAGAAACUGAUAUUAAGGCUGAACAAUUAGAAAGAAAAGUCACUUCAUUAGAGGCCGAAAAGGAUGACUGGGAAAAGAAAUUCGAAGAAUUAAGUGCCAAGUAUGAUUCUGCUAAGGCUGAAUUAGAUGAAAUCAGUCAACAAUUAGAAGCUAUCUAAGUUUAAUUAACUAUUUAGUUUUGUCAACCCUGGGUUUGUGAGUUGGGAAAGAAAAAGAGUAAUUAAUACAAUGAAUUAAAGAUUAAUGAAUCAAAUCGUAUUUUAUCGCCCUAUUACGAUUAUAUACGUAUUUAUCUAUAAAUAAUUUUAUACCUAACUAUUUAGAAGUAUAGCAAAAGUUGUUUAUUUUCUUUAUUUAAACUACUUUUAUACUUUAACUAAAUAUAAUAAUUUAUAUAUAUAAUAUCUUAUCAGUUAUUUUACAUCUCUCAUUCUAUGAUGAAAAUAUUUAAAAGCAACUAUAUAUAGAACAAAAGAUAAG